AUUUGCUUUAUUUCAUAUUUUUGUUUACUCAAGUACGUUUGUUAACUUUCUUUUAUUUACUAAAUUACAUAUGAUGCUUAGUAUUCAUUCCACAAACUAGCACACGAAAUGAACGAUAAUACAAAUGGUUAUAGAAAAGAGUUCGAGGUGCGUUGGUUUUCAGAGCAUUCAGAAGAUGGCUGUUUACCAACCGCCGCUGGUGAACAGUCCAAAGAUCACCCCACUGUUCAGACUUUAAGAAAGGACCAACUUGCAAUAUCUGAGAAAGAGGAAAUCCAGGAGCCUAGGAACACGUUUUGGAUCUCUGUGAGCGACUAUGAGUUGGACCGAGCCUACAUUGUAUAUCGAUUCUUUCAUGAUAUCGGUGGCAUUGUUGCCAAUCGAUUUAGCAAAACGAACCGAAUGUACCUCAAGUACUUCAGCAUGGUGGACUGCCAAAUAGCGCUGAGCUACGAUGGCCAAAAGAUUGGAUAUGGCGGCGAUAUUCGUGUGAAAGUCAAGGUAGAGAAUCCCGUAACGGAAAACAUCCUAAUUGAAACUCUGGAGCAUUGUUCGGGGGAUGAUGGAAUGGGCUCUGGUUGUGCUACCACAAGUACAAUGACCGUUGCCAUCGAAGUGGAGGAGGUUAAGGACGCGAAGGAGGUGACUCCUCAUCAACUGGAAAUGGGACAAUCCGAGGAAGAGGAGCUCCAAGUUACACAUAAAAAAGUCAGCUUGGUGCAGUGGUUCAAGGAAAAGCUAUCAUAUGUGUUCUAUUUUUAUUAGAUUUCCUGUUUGUUGGUUGCUUUCAAUUCCGUAUGUGUUGAUAAUAAACUUACAAAAUUUUGUCAUGCCAUUGAA